UCUCACAUUCUUUCUCUCAGGAUCUUCAAGCGGGUCUUCUAAGCUCCCUCUUCCCCAGGACGUUGGAGUCACAGCCUCAGAUCUUUCUCUCCAAUCCCACGAGGUCCACCAUGGGACGCCCCCCACCCUGUGCAUUCCAGACGUGGAUCCUUCUGUUUCUGCUAAUGGGAGCGUGGGCAGGACUCACCAGAGCUCAGGGCUCCAAGAUCCUGGAAGGUCAGGAGUGCAAACCCCACUCCCAACCUUGGCAGACAGCCUUGUUCCAGGGCGAGAGACUGGUCUGCGGGGGUGUCCUGGUCGGAGACAGAUGGGUCCUCACUGCAGCCCACUGCAAAAAAGACAAGUACUCCGUGCGUCUGGGUGAUCACAGCCUUCAGAAAAGAGAUGAGCCCGAGCAAGAGAUCCAGGUGGCUCAGUCUAUCCAGCAUCCUUGCUUUAACAGUAGCAACCCGGAGGAUCACAGCCACGACAUAAUGCUCAUUCGACUGCAGAACUCAGCAAACCUCGGGGACAAAGUGAAGCCCAUCGAGCUGGCCAAUCUGUGUCCCAAAGUUGGCCAGAAGUGCAUCAUAUCAGGCUGGGGCACUGUCACCAGCCCUCAAGAGAACUUUCCAAACACCCUCAACUGUGCGGAAGUGAAAAUCUACUCCCAGAACAAGUGUGAGAGAGCCUACCCGGGGAAGGUCACCGAGGGUAUGGUCUGUGCUGGCAGCAGCAACGGGGCCGACACGUGCCAGGGCGACUCGGGAGGUCCUCUGGUGUGCAACGGGGUGCUCCAGGGCAUCACCUCAUGGGGCUCAGACCCCUGUGGGAAACCUGAGAAACCCGGAGUCUACACCAAAAUCUGCCGCUACACUAACUGGAUCAAGAAGACCAUGGGCAAGAGGGACUGAUCCUGGGGAUGGGCGGUCAAUAAAGACCACUGCUGGCUCCUCCA